AUGAUUCACGAGCUCUUGUUGGCGUUAAGUGGAUACCCUGGGACUAUAUUCACAUGGAACAAACGGACAGGUUUACAGGUCUCCCAGGACCUGCCCUUUCUCCAUCCCAGUGAGACCAGUGUCCUGAACCGCCUCUGCAAACUGGGAUCCGAUUACAUUCGCUUCACAGAGUUCAUAGAGCAACACACAGGCCAUGUCCACCAGCAGGAGCACCACUCCAUUCAGACAAACCAGGCCGGACUCAAUGGGGUUUACCUGCGGGCUUUCUGCACGGGACUGGACUCCAUGCUGCAGCCUUAUAGACAGGCUCUCCUGGACCUCGAACAAGAGUUUCAGUUGCUGUUUCCCUCUGUUAUGGUGGUGGUGGAGACGAUAAAGUCCCAGAAGAUCCACGGCUGCUUGAUCCUGGAGACGGUGUACAAGCACAGCUGUGGAGGUCUGCCCCUGUUCGCAUGGCCCUGGAGAAGGCAACACAACAUAAAGGAUCUCUUCUGUCUGUCUACUCAGGAUCCUGGCGGUGUGCCACGGGGUGAUGUACAAGCAGCUGGCGGCGGGAUGCUGUACGGUCUGCUGCUGGACCAGAGUGAGGAGUUCUGGAAGCAGGGGCCCAGCGCUGGAGGGGCCGCCGCCAACCAGGAGGAGGACGAGAAGACCUGGGGAUUGGGAGGCCUCAGUGGUAAACAGCUGAAAGAACUACAGACCUGGCUGAUAGAGGAAGAGAACAUGCUGGCUCCGUCCCUGCAGCAGUUCUCUCUGCGGGCUGAGAUGCUGCCCUCCUACGUUCCCAUCCGCGUGGCAGAGAAGAUCCUCUUCGUGGGGGAGUCCGUCCAGAUGUUUGAGAACCACAACCACAGCCCGUCCAGAGCUGGCUCUAUACUGAAGCACCAGGAGGACAUGUUUGCAACAGAGCUGCACCGUCUCAAACAGCAGCCCCUCUUCAGCCUAGUGGACUUUGAGAACCUCAUAGACGGCAUCCGCAGCACCGUGGCAGAGAUCAUAAAGGACUUUUACCUGUUGGGCCGUGGCGAGCUGUACCAGGUGUUCAUUGACCACGCUCAGCACAUGCUCAAGACCCCGCCCACGGCUGUCACUGAACACGAUGUAAAUGUGGCCUUUCAGCAGGCUGCCCACAAGGUGUUGUUGGACGACGACAACCUCCUGCCUCUCCUGCACCUCACCAUCGACUACCAGGGAAGGAGAGCAAAGGUUUGUUCCUCAGAGUGGCUUUUCAUUGGAGCAGAAACCUACGAGGAGUCUAGGAGAUCUAACUAUGCCACAGGGACCAGGGAAGGGGCCACUCCCACACAGGAGUCCUCCCCCAGGGAGGUGCUCCCCUACGGCUGGGCUGCUCUGGGCUUGGCCUACAAGGUCCAGUGGCCCCUGCACAUCCUCUUCACCCCUGCCGCUCUGGAGAAGUGGAGUAUUGCACAGCAGGUAUAA